GAUAGAGAGACAGUGAACUGAGUGGCUUUGAGCAGGAGAGAGAAGUGCUACGAGAGAAGGGGAGUGGAGGAGAAAAGCGAUUUCGGAACAGUUCCCACAGCUCCAGACACGAGUGUAUGUGUAUGCGAGUGUGUGUGCUCAGGCUCCUAUGUCCCCUCUGCACAUGGUAGGGGCAUACUGUUGAUUCCCCAGACGGAUGGACUCCGCUUGGCUUACUCCCGCCCGGGACGCUGCUCACCUCUCUUCAUGAGGUCAUUCCUUCGCCCUGUGCGAGAGCGCGGCUGGGUGCUGUCGCUGUAGCCCAAAGAGACAGCGCCGUGUGUGUGAUCAGUGAUUCAUGGGAGAAGAGCCUUGAACCUGGCUCUCUGGCUCUCCACGGUCGUCCCGAAGAACUUCAGAUACUAACACCGGGAAAAAGACACCUGUCCCGCCGCCACGUGGAUCUAAGUACGUUUUUGGAUUUAAGAUCUGCCUCUCUGCUAUUUGGAAUUUCUCUGGUUCCUCCUUUGCUUUCACACUUUGACUCAGAGGUCGAGAGUUUUAAGGGGAAACAAGGUUUGGAGGAGCUGACUGGAACUCUUGCUUCCCAAACUUUUGCCAUAGAGACAAAGAAGUUCUGCUAUCCCACAUUCUUCAAACUGUGGUCAGUCCAUAGAUCAGCUGUCAGCUGUCAAAUCGGCAAGACAAGGAAAGAAAGCAAGCUAGCUGGCCUUGGCCCCGUAUAGAGAUAAGAAGAUGCUGCAGGGAGGCAGAGUAAGGCUGAGCCCUACCUGAAGCCCCUCCUCCUCGCCCCUGAGCCCUGCCCUCCCGCUCGCCUGCCUCCAUUCCCAGGAUGCACUGCCCGUGCCGGGGGAAGCUGAAGCUGGCGUUGGUGUCUCUGAGCUUCGUCGUCCUGCUGACUUGGCUCUACCUGCUUGCUGGAAACCUGGAAAACGGGCGCUCCCUGCUCCUCUCCCCGUGUCUGGUGGAGUCGACGGAGGCGCGGCUACUUGAGCGGGAAGUCCUGGAGUCACGGGUGCGACAGGUUGAGGAAGAGAACCGGCAGAUCCGCCUCCAGCUCAGCCAAUCGCAGGGCCUGGCUGCCCAACCGGGUGAGGGUAACUAUGGCAACCAGCAGUGGGUGGCAUCAGCAGACACAGGUCCAGAAGAUGUGGAAAACACUGCAGAGGAACGGGCCAAUCACAGCGAGUGUGCCCGCUCUCCCACAGCAGAGAAGUGUGAGCUGAUCCACGUGGCAUGUGUGUGUGCUGGUCACAACGCCAGCCGGGACGUGGUCACCCUGGUCAAGUCCAUCCUGUUCCACAGGAGAAACCCAUUGCAUUUCCAUUUCAUUACCGACACAGUAGCCAAUCAGAUCCUCAGCACUCUGUUCCAGUCAUGGAUGGUGCCGUCGGUGCAGAUCAGCUUCUAUGACGCGGAUGAAUUAAAGUCAGAAGUGUCAUGGAUACCUAACAAACACUAUUCAGGAAUUUAUGGACUGAUGAAACUCACCCUUACCAAAGCUCUGCCCUCUGACCUCUCAAAGGUCAUUGUGCUCGAUACAGACAUCACCUUUGCUACAGACAUUGCUGAGCUGUGGGCCAUCUUUAGAAAGUUCACAGAGAAACAAGUGAUUGGGCUUGUGGAGAACCAGAGUGACUGGUACCUAGGUAAUCUCUGGAAGAACCACAAACCCUGGCCAGCCCUAGGACGUGGGUUUAACACAGGGGUGAUCUUGCUCUAUUUGGAGAGACUGCGGCGAAUCAGCUGGGAGCAGAUGUGGAGACUGACAGCAGAAAGGGAGUUAAUGAGCAUGCUGUCCACUUCCCUCGCCGACCAGGAUAUAUUCAAUGCCUUCAUCAAGCAGAAUCCUGUCCUCGUACACCAGCUGCCCUGUUUCUGGAAUGUACAACUGUCGGACCACACCCGAUCUGAGCAGUGCUACACGGAAGUGUCAGACCUUAAGGUGAUCCACUGGAAUUCUCCCAAAAAACUGCGAGUAAAAAACAAGCAUGUGGAAUUUUUCCGGAAUCUUUACUUGACCUUCUUGGAGUAUGAUGGGAAUCUUCUCCGACGGGAACUCUUUGGGUGUCCAAGUCAGGCCAGCUCUGAAAACACACGGCUUCAGAAAGCACUGGAAGAUCUUGAUGAGGAUGACCAGUGCUAUGAUUUCCGGCGUGAGCGGAUUAUGGUGCAUCGUGUGCACCUAUAUUUUCUGCAGUAUGAGUACACACCCACUGAGGAUGACAUGGACAUCACAUUAGUAGCCCAGCUCUCCAUGGACAGACUUCAAAUGCUGGAGGCCAUCUGCAAACACUGGGAAGGACCCAUCAGUCUUGCUCUUUACAUGUCCGAUGCUGAGGCCCAGCAGUUCUUGCGCUAUGCCCAGGCCUCCGAGGUCCUCAAAAAUCGCAAGAACGUGGGAUACCACAUCGUCUACAAAGAGGGCCAGUUCUACCCUGUUAACCUGGUCCGCAACAUAGCUCUCCGGAAUGCAAAAACUCCCUAUGUGUUUCUAACUGACAUUGAUUUCCUCCCUAUGUAUGGACUCUAUGAUUACCUCAGAAAAUCCAUUGUCCAAUUGGAUAUGGCAAACACCAAAAAGGCUCUCGUUGUGCCGGCCUUUGAGACUCUGAGAUACCGCCUCUCCUUUCCCAAAUCCAAAGCUGAACUGCUGUCCAUGCUUGAUAUGGGGACUCUCUACACCUUCAGGUACCAUGUUUGGACCAAGGGUCAUGCCCCAACUAAUUAUGCCAAAUGGAGGACAGCCACUACACCCUACAAAGUGGAAUGGGAGGCUGAUUUUGAGCCCUAUGUGGUCGUCAGGAGUGAUUGCCCUGAGUAUGACCAGAGAUUUGUGGGCUUUGGCUGGAACAAAGUGUCCCAUAUCAUGGAGCUUGAUGCACAGGAGUAUGAGCUGAUGGUAUUACCAAAUGCCUUCAUGAUCCACAUGCCCCAUGCACCUAGCUUUGACAUUUCAAAGUUCCGCUCCAGUGCAAGUUACCGGUACUGCUUGACAACACUGAAGGAUGAGUUUCACCAAGAUCUCUCUCGAAAGUAUGGUGCUGCCGCUCUAAAGUACCUCACCGCUCAGAGGAACAUCUAACCUUCAGCCUACAUUUACGUACAUUCAUCAGGACACCUUAGUUCAGUUUGUGGUUGCCCUUUGGCCACAUUGCUGCUCUAUAAAGUGUUUGGGGUAUCUGGAGGUUCUGAACUGCGCUUUCACACACCUGCAUCUGUGUAGAAUCUGCUGAAUGCGGAUCAGAAGACUGGACCUGUAAACCUUAUAUUUGAAUAUAGGUGCCACAUCAAAGACUCGAACACAGUGAUGUUGGCUUUAAUCUGAGGUAUGUCAGAGACUGGAGUGAGAUACAGAAGGUGACACUCCAAAUGAAUGGCUAAUACUUGACCAAACACUUCAACUGCUGACUAGCAGGUCCCUACAUGAAGUCUACAGUUUGUGUAUUGAUGGAAGUCUGGUGAGUACCACUUGCAUAAAAGCAUUGACACAAAUUAUGAUUAAGGCGUUUUCUUUUUAUUUUUCCUUCUUUUUUGACAAUCAGGGCUUUUUCUCCAGUAAAAAUAAACUGUUGGCAUAUGGCAUAUGGUAGCUUUGCUCCCAACUGUGUGAAUCCGGUGGAACAGGUGGGUUGAGCAGUGCUGGAGAAAAAGUGUGAGCUUUCCAAAGCCUCUUCUGCUGGACUGGAGGCUGGAGAGAUUGACAAGACUAAAGGGACAGAUGAAGCCUUACUGUUUCCUCAAUAUUUAAGAUAUUUAUGCUUUCUGUUUCUUUAAAAAAAAUAUUGUGAACAAAUUAUGGAGAUUGAUUUGCAGUGUAGGUUUUGAUUAUGAGACUGAAAGACAAGUCACUUUUUUUCUACAAACAGAGUACCUUAGGGGAUUGAGAAAGUGAAGGCUUCAUGAGGAUGCAUAUUUUGUUUAGUGGGGAUACUAGAGAACACCCAGUAGUGCAUAUCUGCUUUCAUAUCUGUUGGGCAUGAUUUGUGGUCUCAACAUGUGUUAUUGCUGCAUUUAUAACUCUCACUUAACAAAUUUCCCACAUGUUAUGGCCUGCUUAUCCCAUAUCCAGCAUCAUAGUGUUUAGAUUUCACAGCUCUCAUCAAUUCCACUGAUACCACUCAAGCUUAAGCCUGUACAUGUAAAGAAAUACACAUUUGUUUGAAAAAUAGAAAAUAUCUAUAGACUACUAUGACAUGUUAAUGAGGGUAGCACCACACACUAGGGACCAUCAAAAUGGUGAGAACCCACUUGUUCUCUGUUGGAAUCAGAUGUUUAUUUAGACUGUAAAAUUCACUUCAUGUAUCAUCACUGAUAAUCUAACCAACUACUAUAUCAGUCAAGCUGCAAUGUAACCAUAACUCGGUUAAAAGGAUAUGUAACAACAAGAGUAGAACAUACACAAAAAUGAUCAAACAAAUCUAGGACGCAACCUGAGGCAUUUCACUGGGUCAUUAAUGUUCUCCUGUCUUACAUUGCUCAUCCUCCCAUACACCCUGUAGACUGCACACUUGUGCAGCCUGUGCCUUUGCUGUGUUGUAAAACUGGAUAUUGAUUGUACAACUGUACACGUCAGCGGGGCCUGCAAGAGGUACUCUAUUUAUUAUUAUUGUUGACUUAAAUCAAUCAUAUUUUUCUAUGUAGGGGACAAAGUGCUUUAAAUAAAUUUGCCCUUUUUCUAA